CUCUUUGCCUCCAUUUCAUCAUCUAUCAGUCAAACAAGAAAAUCCUUCACAAAGCUUUACUGGUUAAUAUUUCCGUAGCGCUCUGAAGAGAGAAUGUUCUCUAUGCAGAACAGGAAAAAAUCUGUUUGUGUCAGAGAUGAUGGCAUUAAAGAAUUUAAUGAGCUUUUAAAAAUCAAGUAGGGGGAAAUGGAAGGAUAUUGUAGGAUGUUUUAAUCUGAUGCUUUGGUGGUGGCCUGGAAUCAGAUAUCGGUCAAAUGAGAAGGCAUUCCCUGCAUCAGACUGUGGGGUCAACAAAACUCUUUCGAACCACAGAAUACGUUUAACUUCAGGGUUGACAAGGGACCAGAGAAAACCUCUAUGGUAGCUCAAGUCCCAUCUCAGCUUCAGGAACUUGCGGCACUUGAGUGCCUCUUCCACUCCCACCAGCUUGCAUGAGCCAUGGGGAAAUGUAAGAAGAAAGAGGAGGCUGUCUUUCUGAGGAAAAAGAUCACCCUUUUGAGGGCUUUCUCACUCCUCAUCGGCAGCAUGGUGGGCAGUGGCAUUUUCAUUUCCCCCAAAGGGGUGCUGGAAAACUCUGGCAGUGUGGGUCUCUCCUUGAUCGUGUGGUUUGGCUGUGGGAUCCUUUCUAUGUUUGGUGCUUUGAGUUAUGCAGAACUCGGCACGCGAAUCACAAAGUCUGGAGGCCAUUACAUCUACAUCUUGGAGACCCUGGGCCCUCUGCCAGGGUUCCUGUUCCUGUGGGCCGAGUACUUUGCCAUAAGGCCCGCCAACAGUGCUGUUGUGGCUUUGGCAUUUGGGCGGUACAUCUUGGAGCCCUUUUUCGCUCCCUGUGCAGCUCCACUUCUGGCUGUGAAGCUGGUUGCUCUCCUUGGGUAUUAUAUUGUCCUCAUCUUGAACUCUUGGAGUGUGAGCUGGAGCGCCAGACUUCAGACUGUCUUGUCCAUCAUCAAACUUGCGGCUCUCGCUCUUAUCAUUGGCCCAGGCAUAAUGCUUUUAGCCCAAGGCCACACAGGAAAUUUCCAGGAUGCUUUCAAUAACCAAACACUAGUUUUGGACAAGCUACCAUUAGCUUUUUACGCAGGGAUGUUCGCCUAUUCAGGAUGGUUCCAGACUAGUUUUGUACGAGAAGAGCUAGUGAGGCCAGAACGAAAUAUUCCUCUGGCUGUCAUAGUUUCUGUGAUCACCGUGAUUGUGGGCUACAUGCUUACCAAUGUGUCCUACUACACUGUGUUGACUGCAACAGAUGUCCUGGCCUCCCAGGCAGUAGCCGUGAGCUUUGCACGAAAAGCUUUCCAGAGCCUCAUCUCAGUGAUUCCUGUCUUGGUUGCCUUAUCUUGCUUUGGAACCAUGAAUGGAGGAAUCUUUACAUUUUCAAGGACACUGUUUGUGGCUUCAAGGGAGGGGCAGUGGCCUCCCCUCUUCUCUAUGAUCCAUAUUCAAAGACAUACACCCUUACCUGCUGUCAUGCUGAUGUUCCCUUUGGUCACAGCCAUGAUUUGUGUGGGAGAGCUCUACCAUCUCCUGAACUUCUUCAGCUUCUCUCGGUGGCUCUUCAUUGGACUGGCAACACUUGGGCUUAUAGUUCAUAGGUACCGUCACCCUGAGAUACCAAGCCCAUUCCAGGUUCCUCUUUUCAUUCCUGUUUCCUUUACAAUCAUCUGCCUUUUCACUGUGGGAAUGUCUUUCUACUCUGACCCCGUAAACAUCAGCAUCGGCUGCGCCAUGGUUUUGAGCGGCUUUCCAGUCUACUAUUUGCUCAUCCAAAGGUCAAUGCCAAAUUGUUGCAGUACUACAUUCCAUUAUCUCACGUUGAAGCUUCAGAUACUCUUGAAGGUGGUGCAACAAGAGAUCAGGACUUACUAAGGAGUGGAAAAGAAAGCAAAAGAUGUCAUUUGAUGCUCUGAAUUGGUUAAGUUUUCUCUGCUGGCUAACAGUGAAUGCUACUCUGGUAUUACCCUGGAGGCCUCCCAGAAUUACAACUGAUCUCCAGACUACAGAGAUACGUUUCCCUGGAGAAAAUGGCUGCUUUGCAGGAUGGAUUGUAUGGCAUUUUACUCCACUGAGGUCCCUCCACCUCCAAAUAUCCAGGACUUUCUCAACUCAAAGUUGGCAACUCUAUACCCUGGAGCUUCUUCUCCAUCCAUUUCAGUUCUUUUAACACUGGACAGAAUGUUCAUGAAGAGUCCCUAAAGCCAAAGGCAUAGGACAAUCUUGCAAUGAGCCAUGCCUUGGACUCAGUGAGAGGUGUAAUCUGUCCUGUUUUCCCCGCCUGCCAUGCACAAGUGCACCCAUUCCCUAAAACAAGACUCAUACAGAAGGAUCUAAAUUUGCUUUUCAUCCUCGAAUACAAACUGUGUACAUGUAAUAGACUUGGGGAAACUUAUUGUAGAGCUUUCAUUGACUACAGCCCACGGGUCCAUUUUUUCCCCCUUCUCUGGCCAGCGACAGUUGAAAUGUACUUUAGGGAAUGCCCUGGAAAAGCCAAAGCAAACUCAGUUAGCCGUGUUAGUCUGUAGUAGCAAAAUAGUAAAGAGUCCAGUAGCACCUUUAAGACUAACCAACUUUACUGUAGCAUAAGAUGCAUCUGACGAAGAGAGCUGUGGCUCUCGAAAGCUUAUGCUUCAGUAAAGUUGGUUAGUCUUAAAGGCGCUACUGGACUCUUUACUAUUUUGCAACGGAUGUGUUACUUAUGGGUGGGGCCAUCAUGGCCUCCUCUUAGAUAAUGCCCACGAUAAAACUUCUCCUAGCCAUGCAGUUCUGGAGCACUUUUGAAACUGUUUUUGAAGUUUUAAAAAGAUGGUUGUCAUUUUAAUGAUUAGUGUGUGGAAAGAGGGGUGCAUAGCUUGUGCAGACCUUUCCAAAGGUAGCAUUUCCUGAAGGGCGAAACUAAAAAUGCCAGUUGCUUGUGUGCACUCAGGCCUAGCUAAUUUCACACCUACCUUGACUAUGGUAGGAGUAGAGAAGAAAUAGAGAAUGACGAGGAUUUUUGCCCCCUCUUUUAUUUAUCAUUAUUGAUGCUUGGUCAAGACUGAUGUUACCAUAUCAGUAAUGGGGGAAAUCAGUUGUAUCAGGCAAUAGUGACUUUGAUCCAGCAAAACAAUAGACACCAACCAGGGACAGCAUAGGCACAAUCUUUUCUUCUGAAGCCUUUACGCAGAAGCAAGUUCUACAGAAUGUCUUUUUAAAAUAUCCAAAUGGAUUGGGAUAUUAGAAUUAAGGGUGUACAGGUAAACCACUUUUUAUGUGAAAUUUUUGAAAUUAUGAACAUGAAAAUAUAAGACAUUUACAAAGUUGUGUAAAGAUGUACAAAUACAUCGAAUUAAUCAAAGUCUGAUUUCUUCCUGUUUUGAGAUGGAACUUCUUUGUUAGAUAUUCUCCUUAAAGACUUUGGAAAUAUCAUGAAGACUUCUGAAAUGGGUUAGUUGUUUUAAUGGUUCUGGGAUUGUUCUGAAACUUUCAACCAGUUAUACCCUCUCUGAGCAAUAAUUUUUCAGCUUUCAAGAGCUCCCUCUUCCAUAAUACCAGAACUCCAGGGAAACCAAUGAAGUUGACGGGCAAUAGAUUCAGGUCAAACAAAAGAAAGUGUUUCUUUCUUCAACCAGUAAAGGUAAAGGCAAGCACUGAGUCAUUACUGACCCAGGGGGGGACGUCACAUCACAACGUUUUCUUGGCAGACUGUUUUUGUUACAGGGUGGUUUGCCAUUGCCUUCCCCAGUCAUCUACACUUUACCCCCAGGAAACUGGGGACUCAUUUUACCGACCUCAGAAGGCUGGAAGGCUGAGUCAACCUUGAGCUGGCUACCUGAACCCGGCUUCCGCUGGGAUUGAAGUCAGGUCGUGAGCAGAGCUUGGGCUGCAGUACUGUUGCUUAUCACUCUGCGCCACGGGGUUCAUCCCCCAACCAGUAAUUAAUAUUUAUUUAGACUUUUAUAUUCUGCAUUUAUCCCCAGUGAGAUCCAAAGCAGCUUCCAGCAUCAUUCUCCUCUCCUUUUAUUAUCACAACAACCCUGCGAGGCAGGGUUAGGCUAAGAGAGAGUUACUGACCCAAAUCACCCAAUGAGCUCCCAUAACAGAGUGGGGAGUCAAACCUGGGCCUCCCAGAUCUUAGGCCAACACCCUUAACAACUACACUGCUCUGGAAUUCUCCACCUUUGAACGUACUGAUAGCCAUGAGCGUAGACAGCUUUAAAAGGGAUUUAGACAGAUUCAUGGAGGAGAGGUCCGCCAAUGGGUACUACUAAGCCAUGGUGAGUAAAAGGAACCUCAGAGGAGGUAAAUCUCUAAAUACCAGUGCCAUGAGGUAACAUUAGGGGAAGGCAUUGGGCUCUGUACUCCUUGCUGGCCCUCCACCGCAACUAGUUGUAUAAAACAGGGUGCUAGAUGAAUGUGGUCCCUCAGGGUUCUUAGAGGUGAGGGCUACUUAGAAAUGGACUUUGGAACUGGAUGAAAGAACGGAGGAUGAAGGAGAGGUUCCAUCUCAGAACAGGAAGUGUACCAUAUUCCUGUCUCUUCCUAGAUAUAGUUGCACAUUGCAGGAAUUGAGUCCAGCGACACUCUCGAAAGCUUAUACCCUCAAAAUCUUGUUGGUCUUUAAGGUGCCACUGGACUCAAAUCCUGCUGUUCUAUUAUAGACCAACAUAGCUACCUACCUGAAACAUCUUUAUAUGAUUUUGUAAAGAUCUUAUAGUUCCUGUUUUAUGUACAUAAUUUUAAAAUUCCACCUAAAUGAUGACUAUCUGUAUAUUUAUGACUAAAUGUCUUUCUAUGAUUGUAUUUUUUUGCUUCUGUGGUUCUAGGGAACUGUAACUGCUAUUUCUUGCUUGUUUAAACUAGAAUUAAUAACAACAACAACAUUCAAUUUA